AUGGGCGAACCUCAGACCCCCCAGACCGCUCACGGAGACGGAGUUAGCCCUCACGAUGGAGGUUCCGGCACGACAUCGUCCACUCGAGCUCCGACAAUUUCCACGACUACGACCCUACGACUUCCGUCGUUUUGGAUCGAGAAUCCAAAGACCUGGUUUCGACACGUCGAAGCGCUAUUCAAGGCCCGUCGCAUCCGGAACCAGAUGACGAAGUACUGUGAAGUGGUGCCGCUUAUCCCCCCGGAGUUCAUCGACGACAUUGAUGACGUUCUUUCGUCGAUACGGCCUGACAACUCGUACGAUACGUUGAAAUCUGCCAUUGUCUCGCGCACGACGGUUUCGGAGCGAGCGAGGAUACAGCAGCCCCUUACGACUGAGGAGCUUGGUGACCGCCGUCCGUCGCAGCUCCUGCAUUGGAUUAGACAGCUCCUGGGAGAUCGAUCAGGCGACAACUCCGCGAUCCUCCGCGAGCUCUUCCUCAACCGACUUCCGCUAGAUGUACGACUCAUCUUGGCUGGGAACGACGAUGUUGCCUUAGACCGUUUGGCCGACCUCGCUGACCGCAUCACAGAUUAUGCUUCAGCCGGCGUGGCAACAGUGCGUUCCCCUGCCGCCGCGCCGCCUCCGGCGACUAGCGAACUGGAAGGUGCCAUCGCCCGUUUGGCGGGAGAGAUGGAAAAAAUGUCGACGCAACUGGCUGAUCUGUAA